AAUGGUUGACGAUUUAAUGAGCACCACGCCACAUGCGGAUUAGCACCAUUAGAUCUCCUCCCUAGAGGAUAUGCUAUUAAGAAAUCGGGAGCUGUGUUUAAUUCUGUCUGUCAGUAAUGGCACUUAGUCAUAGCUUAAACUUGUCAACAACGUUAAUUGCUUCGAAAUCCCAAUUCAAAAGUGCUGUAAAUUCGAAGCUGCUGGUCUUACCUUCUUCUGCUUUUGGAGUACGCAAAAGGGUCUCUUCUUCUGUUCGUGCUAUGGGUUCCUCUGCUUCUUCGCAGAGACCAGACAACAUUCAAGAGGCAGCUAAGGUUGACUAUGCUACUGUAAGUGAUGAUGAAUGGAAGAAGAAGCUUACUCCUGAACAAUUUUACAUCACUCGUCAAAAGGGAACUGAAAGGGCUUUUACUGGGGAAUACUGGAACACCAAAACCCCUGGAACUUACCACUGCAUUUGUUGUGAUGCACCUCUAUUUGAGUCAUCGACUAAAUUUGACAGCGGAACAGGGUGGCCAUCUUACUAUCAGCCUAUAGGAAGCAAUGUGAAAUCAAAGUUAGACAUGUCCAUUAUACUCAUGCCUCGUCAAGAAGUUCUUUGUGCUGUUUGUGAUGCUCAUUUAGGCCAUGUCUUUGAUGAUGGCCCUCCACCCACCGGAAAACGCUAUUGCAUCAACAGUGCUUCCUUGAAGCUGAAACCCAAGUGAGAAUCCUAUGAACCAAGAUAAUGUAUGUCAAAAGUUGAGCUAAACGCUUGCUUGAAUACGUUGUAUUGUUAAUAUAUAUGUUGUAGACUUUUAGCUUUCAUCACGGCUUGAAUGAGAGACUUCAUAAAUUUUAAGACAA